AUUUUGGUUCGCAUCGAUAAGUCGAGAAAUCGUACAAUCGUAGUGAAAUUUUUUUAUCAACACAGUAAAUAAAUUAAUUAACUAGGUAAAACUGGUGUUUUGAAUGAAAAUUUGAAGUUAAUCAGUUCUAAUAAGAGAUAAAUACUUUCUUUUUAAAGUAUCAAUGUUAUUAGAUAAUUGACGUUAUUUGUUUUGAUUGAUUUUUUUGGUUACCAACUGUUUCAAUGGAUACGCUGAGAAUAUAUAUCAUUACAUGGAAUGUUGCCACUCGUUCCCCAGAUGAAAAUAUGUUGGAUUUGUUGGACGUUAAAAAGUUCAAAAAUAAAGAUAGUCUUCCAGAUUUUUAUAUCAUUGGAUUACAAGAAGUGAAAUCGCAGCCUCAAAAUUACGUAAUGGAUACAUUCUUUAAUGAUCCUUGGACCAAUGCUUUCAAGACGGCGUUAGCACCCUACGAUUACGUUAAAGUGAAAACUAGCAGAUUGGUUGGAUUACUUUUGAAUAUAUUUUGUUUAAGAAAACACGUAGUUCAUUUGAGGGAUAUUUAUACAGAACAAACCAGAACUGGAUUGAUGGGAUUUUGGGGUAACAAGGGUGCAGUUACAACUCGGCUUCAGAUUUAUGGAUGUUCGGUUUGUUUUGUGAAUUGCCAUUUAGCUCCGCAUGACAAUUUCGUUAAGGAAAGAAUAGACGAUUACAAUACUAUUCUGCAAGGACAAAAAUUCACAGUCAAGGACACGACUACGAUAUUAUUUCACGACUAUGUAUUUUGGUUCGGUGAUUUGAAUUUUCGAUUGGAUGAUGAAAUCAGUUUACCUGCUAAUGUGAUAAUUAAAAAAAUCGAAAGUAACCAAAUAGCGUCUUUAUUAGAUCAUGAUCAAUUAAAACAAGUUAUGGCUAGUGGAGAAGCAUUUAGCGAAUUGAUCGAGAAUGGGCCAACGUUCCAGCCAACGUAUAAAUACAAUUUUCAUUCCCAAGUCUACGAUCCUAAACGAAGACCUGCGUGGACUGACCGAAUCCUAUACAGAGUGAAUAAAUUCGCCUAUGAAAAUAUCACACUGGACGUAAAACAAAUAAGUUACAAAAGUUACGAUCAGUAUUUACUUAGUGAUCAUAAACCGGUUGCUAGCGAGAUUACGAUGAAGGUAUUCAGUAACUAUACCGAAAGACAAGUUGAACUUAAACCUGUAGACAGUUGGGUAAUCGAUAGUGAAAAUAAAGCCAUCGUUACAAUGGAAGCCGAUGUUACCCCGUCCGAUUGGGAUUGGAUAGGUGUAUUUAAGGAUAAUUUCACUGGUUUGGAUGAAUACGUGACGUACGUGUUUUUACCGAUUAGUACUCAUGAGAAUCAUUCCAACGACUCGGAGUGCGAAGGUGAAAGCAUGGUUGCUACAAGUUCUGCAGUAAAUCAGCCAUGCACAUCAUACGUAGUUACCUUUCCAGAUACAGCUAUUCGUGCUCCUGGAAAUUAUAGAUUGUUAUACUUUACUAAGAACUCUGAUAGUAUUUUAGGUAUGUCGGAAUGUUUUACUGUUGAAGAAACUCCCGGCUGUCGAGUGCCUAUGGAUUGGUGACAAAAGCCAUACGUAGGUGUACGAGAGUAUAAAUUUUAGUACAUCUACUUAGACUCUGAAAUUCCUAUUUUCAUUUCGAUCUUUGCGAGGAAAUCAUUUUUUUUCUUUUAAAUUGAGUAUUGGUGAGGUUCUUUUAUAAGAUUAUCUGCGAUUCCAUUUUUAAUUAUUAUGGGCAGCUGUAUUAUCUGGAAAAUUUUUUCAACAAUAGUAUAACUUUUGUUGUAUUUGUUUUUUGGCCUGUAACGAAUUCAAUAAGUAAUUUAAUAAUAACAAAUUCUUUUGAAUUCAGUCAUACGUUAUCGUUUUUACGUAAAAUGGCGCGCAGGUGCAGGUAUGGGCACGCGUUUUAUAAACGUAUACUUGAAAAUGCCAACUGAUGGUAUUAAAACCAUAAAAAGGCAUUUAUUAAGCUUCUCAUCAUUAUUCAAAGAUUUCGCAGAACUACACACGGUGAACAAUUCAGUAUGAUCUCUACUGAUCCAUGGGCUGCAUGUUUUUAUUAGCUUUUCAACGUGUUACCAUUUUUUUUUUCUUUUUCAAAUAUCAGCAUUUUAAAUAGCGUAUGUUAUUGUUAAUAUCUAUGUAUUUCAAGCAGUAUUUUCUAUGUACAUUCCACUCGAAUGCGAACUGUCCCAUCCUACUUGUGUUAUGUUACCUAUUAUAAAUUUUAUGUACCGAAUUUGCUACAGGUAGGUAAAC